AUUCUCGCCGGAAAGACAGCUCCCGUCCCAUGCGUGUCAAAGAGACCGCACAGCAAAAACUUGAACCAGCGUAAAAGGUACUGGUAGUAGAAGACAAAAAUGGAGGAGACCGGUGGUACCCCAGGGGAAGCUAGGGAUCCUCAAUCCCAGAGCUCUGUCAUCACAAUCACCGUCAAAUUCAGCGGUAGAUCGAUCCCGAUCUCUCUCUCGCCGGACUCCACGAUCAAAGACCUCAAAUCCCUCCUCCAACCCCUCACUAACGUCCUCCCGCGUGGCCAGAAGCUCAUCUUCAAAGGGAAACUUUUGGUGGAUACGAUGACAUUGAGGACAUUGGAGGUGGCCGGUGGGGCCAAGGUCAUGCUCAUGGCCUCUCAGGGCUUGCACCAAGGGGACGGUCCCAUUCUAAAAGAUGCCCGGACUGUACCGAGGAGAGUUGACAAUGCUAAUAAUAAAAUGGUGAAUGAGAAGCUUCAAGUUCCUGUUGACAAGAAUAGGUUGGAACGGUGGAAAGUGACGGGGGUUGUGGCGUUGUCUGAAUCUAAUUUGAAGACCAUACCUGAUGAAGUAUGGGCCACUGGACCUUCUGCAAGAGUCCUUGAUUUGAACAACAACUCUGUUCGAGAUGUGCCUGCUCAAGUUGGCUGUUUGAGUUCCAUUCAGAAGUUGCUCCUGAAUUCAAAUGCUAUAGUGGAUGAAUCCCUGAACUGGGACGCACUGGCAUCUUUGAAGUACCUAUCUGUUCUCUCUAUGAACCAAAACCAUUUCACAAAUUUGCCUCCUGCACUGGGUGCCCUGACUUCCCUUAGGCAACUUCAUGUCGCAAACAACAAGUUGACUAGCCUCCCUAUUGAAAUAGGUCUGUUAACUCAGAUUGAGGUUUUGAAAGUCAAUCAUAACAGGAUAAGCAGCAUUCCUACAUGUAUAGGGGACUGCAAUUCUCUUGUUGAGGUUGAUCUUUCAUCAAAUCUUCUGUCAGAGUUGCCAGAGACUUUUGGCAAUCUGCAUGAUUUGAAGGCUUUGUAUCUUGGUAACAACGGCCUAAAAUCGCUUCCUUCUACACUAUUUAAAAUGUGCCUUCAGCUGGCAACGUUGGAUAUCCACAACACAGAAAUCACAACGGAUCUCCUUCGUCAGUUUGAAGGAUGGGAAAACUUUGAUGAGCGCCGCCGCUUAAAGCAUCAGAAGCAGCUGGAGUUCCGAGUUGUGGGCUCUGCUGAAUUUGAUGAAGGUGCUGAUAAAAACUGAUGGCCCAUUUCUGGAUUAUAGACGACAGUUUUGCCAGUUAUCCAGAAGUAGAUAUUCCUUGAUUUUACUAGACUAAAUUCUGGGGUGGCGGACUGCAGAUUUGUUAUAGAAUAACUAUUCAGCAUUGCAUCUUUACAUAAAUCAGUAAAAGGGGAAAGCUCUCUCUCAUUCACCAUCUAGCUAGAAAUGACCAGUUAAACAAGUUCCAUUCUGUAAAUAUUUAGCAUAUACUUGUACGUUCCAGUGAAAAGGUAAAAUCUGUUUACCCCUGAAAAAUGAAAUUCAGAGCUAAGCAUAGCUCCAUUUCUGGUGUAGCAACCAGUGGAGGUGAAAGUUGCCUGAAUCAGGUAACUACAAUUUGAAAA